AUGGCUGCUCCCGAAAUCCACCAUCUCUUCCACAACCCCAUUGCCGACCACUCCUUCUCGGCUGACCGCUCGACUCUCGCCAUCGCCCGCGACUCGACUAUCGAACUCUACGGAAAGGCAGGCAGUGCUUUCAAGCUGAAGGAUGAGCUGAAGGGCCACGAUAAGAGGGUCACCAGCGUUGACAUUGCCCCCAACAGCGGUCGCAUCGUUACCUGUUCGCAAGAUCGUAAUGCCCUCGUCUGGGAGCCCUCUCCCUCCGGCUACAAGCCGACUCUUGUGCUUCUGCGCAUCAGCCGCGCCGCGACAUUCGUCCGCUGGUCGCCCGACGAGACCAAAUUCGCCGUCGGUUCCGGCGACCGCCUCAUUGCCGUUUGCUAUUUCGAGGAGGAAAACGACUGGUGGGUGUCGAAGCACCUGAAGAAGCCCAUCCGCAGCACCAUCACUUCGGUCGCUUGGCACCCCAACUCGGUGCUCCUCGCUGCCGGAUCUGCGGAUGCUCACGCUCGUGUCUUCUCUGCCUUUAUCAAGGGCAACGACGCCAGGCCCGAGCCCAGCGUUUGGGGCGAGAGGCUUCCCUUCAACACUGUCUGCGGAGAGUACCUCAACAACUCUGCAGGCUGGGUUCACUCUGUUGCCUUCUCGCCCAGCGGAGAUGCCCUCGCAUUCACCGCCCAUGACAGCAGCAUCACGGUUGUCUACCCCAACGGCGCCGACCAGCCCCCCAAGGCUGUUCUCAACAUCGCGACCCAGCUUCUUCCCUUCAUGAGCCUCCUGUGGAGUUCCGAGGACGAGAUCAUCGCUGCUGGCUACGACUGCGAGGCGUUUCGCUUCCAGGGAGGCGAGAGUGGCUGGCAGCUGGCGGGCAGCCUUGAGUCCAAGGGCCGUCCUGGCCUUGGCGAGGCGCGUGAAGAGUCUGCCCUCAACAUGUUCAGGCAGAUGGAUCUCAAGGGCAAGACCCAGGACGACACCAAGCUCAAGACGGUUCACCAGAACACCAUUUCGACCAUUCGUGCCUACGAAUCUUCUGGUGGCAACGUCACUAAGAUUAGCUCCACUGGCAUCAUGACCGGUUCAUUGUAUAUGGAUGGCAUUUAUACACCGAUCAAGCUCUCCUCUCUUCAUGUCCGGAAUGACCGUGCGCAGACUUACGACGGCGACAUGAGCCAACAGAGAUCACCAAGCGAAUUCAUCUACGAGCGUCCGUCCGUGACGCCCAUGAUGAACACCCAUGUUUAUGAUAGCUUUUUUGACCAUCUCCCACCGGCGCCACCCGCCAACACACCACUCGAGGGGUAUUCUCCGAACUGGAGAUUAGGACAAUAUCCUCGCGGACAAGUUCUGGACGGUCAGGGCGAAGAUACAAACAUCGGCGUCCCAUAUGCCACAGGCCAGAUACUCAACAAAUCAAGCCCGUUUCCCAUCUGGACAGCAACAACGAACCAAGAAACCCACGGGCUGGGCUUCGAAGGCCAAUACGAGGGGUUCAAACAGGUACCUGCCGCUACCGCGCAACCCUUCUGUCCACCACACGGCCAUCACAAUGAUCCAUACCGGCCUCAAAUGACGAACAUCAACAUGAACGAGCACAUUCACAAGACUCACCAAGCCCCUUCGCCUAUGAGCAUCACGUCGAACAUAGCCGCCACAGUCCUCCCCUCGGGUGAAGCCCACCAUCGCGACGGCCGCCUCAGCUGCAGCACAACGAUCGUCAGCGUCGACAACGCCAGCUCCAGCAACCCGGCCAGCGACGUUCACACCAUCUGCCUCCUCGCCACGGAAUCCUACCUCAGCGAACGCCGCGCCAACUGGCGGCUCCGCGGUGGCGGCGGCGUCAGCAGACAACGCCCGCAGCGCCCCUCGUCGUCGCCCCGUGGCAGCCGCUGGAUGCCCUACGUUCCGCCCAGCCAGGACAGCGACGGCGAGCACGGCCACCGCCGCCGCCGCAGCUCGACGGGCGAGAGGCCCACCGGCUCGCUGCUGGCCAACGUCAGUCGGAUAUCGACGGCGUUGUGGAAGCAGGCGAUGCGGGACAGGCUCUAUGUGCUGCGUUCGGAGAGGAUGGCGCUGGAGAACAUGGGCCAGCUGCUGGAUUGGGCGGAGACGAUCGCGGCGGGAGACAAGGGCGAGGAGAUGGAGCCCAUGCGGGUUUUGACGGCGGGGAGGAACUUGUGCGCCUGGCUCGGCGACGAAGUGGGCGUGGAGAUGAUGGAGGCGUCGGAGAAGGAUCAUCAGUAUUCUGCCCAGUACCGGAUUUAUACCGACCAUGCGAUCAUCCUCAUGAUGGAACCCCCCACAACCACACAAGAGCGACAGCUCUGCGAAUUCCUCCGCGAUCUGCCCGCCCGCCACAACUACCGCUAUGAAGGGUCCGCCCCCACUGACCUCCUCGAGAGCCUCUUCUGGUCCCUGGCCGGCGGCGAGCGCUACAUGGGCCUCCUCUUCCCCCAGGGCCGUCCCUCCCACGACAUGAAGCUCCGCGAUGCCCAGGGCGCCGUGGAGGGCGCCGAGUACACAGAAGCCGCCCGCGGCAAGCGGUGCGGCCACAUCUUCAAGCCCGGCGAGGCCUCGUACUCGUGCCGCACCUGCAGCACCGACGAGACGUGCGUGCUCUGCAGCCGCUGCUUCGACUCGACCGACCACCAGGGCCACAUGGUCCGCAUAUCCAUCUCCGUCGGCAACAGCGGCUGCUGCGACUGCGGAGACGACGAGGCCUGGCGCCGGCCCCUCUUCUGCACCAUCCACUCCGAGAAGGCCACCGAGAGCCGUGAGGACAAGGGCAAGCAGCCCGUGGGGCUGCCGGAGGACCUGGUGCAGAGCAUGCAGAUGACCAUUGGCCGCGUCUUUGACUACAUCUGCGACGUCAUCUCCUGCUCGCCCGAGCAGCUGCGCCAGGCCAAGUCGGCCGAGACCAUACGGCAAGACGAGCUCCUGUCGAGGCUGUCUCCCGAGGCAUACGGAGAGGGGCCCAUCGGCAACACCGAGUUUGCACUGGUGCUGUGGAACGACGAGAAGCACACGGUCGAGGACGUGCAGAAGCAGGUCGCCAGAGCGUGCCGGACCACCGAGGCCGUCGGCCUGACACGCGCCACCGAGACGGACUUUCUGGGACGGAGCAUUCUCAACCACCUCGACGACCUCGAUCGGCUGCUCGAGAUGGCGAAGAAGCUGGAGGAGAUCAAGGUCACGGUGACGAUUCGCUCUUCGCGGGACACCUUCCGGGAGCAAAUGUGCGGCACGCUCAUCGACUGGUUGAGCGACAUUUCUGGAUGCAGUGUCGGCAACGACCACCACAUUCUCCGGCAGCUCGUUUGCCAGGAGAUGAUGAAGCCGUGGCGCAAGGGCAGUCCUGGAACGCAUGCUGUCGUUGGAAAGAGCGGCAUCUACGACGAGGAGAAACUGUUCAGACAGGCUGAGAUGCAGAGCGCCAUGGCACACCACUUUGUCCUGCAGAUGCUGCAGAUGCGAGGCAUUCCGGGCCAGCAGGACGAUGAUGAUGACGACGGUGAGCUUACCGACGAAGACGACACAGACAUGGGCCGCGAAGAAGGCGGGCCGCCGUCCAGCGACGGUGGCGACGGGGGCGAUGACGACGUCAUGAUGGUUGAUGUGAGGCCGGACCCCGGAGAAAUGGGCAUCGACUGGCGAGGGUCAGAUCAGGCUUUGGAAGAAGACGAGGCCACCAUGGCUGGGUAUCCUCCACCGCCGCCGCCCCCAGCUCAAGCCGCGCGCCGCGCGAAUAGAGAGCGCGACAACACCCCCUCAGAUUCCGACACGGCGGACCCUCUCAUUGCCCCGGCUGUCUACGCCAAGGCGAACCUCGAGAUCCCCAAGACGCCUGGCAACACAGAGAAAACGCAAUCUCCCAAGCCAGGCAGGUACUGGCUGGAGACGCCUCCGGGAUACAUGGACCGCGGCGAGAUGCCUCCUGCCGAAGACGUCUUCCAGAGGGUUCGUUUGGACUGGCUCAUCUUGUUUGAUCUGCGAAUGUGGAAGAAGGUGAGGAACGACUUGAGGUCGCUCUACAUCUCGACCGUUGUCUCGAUACCCGAGUUCAAGCGCAUCCUCGGUCUUCGAUUUGCCGGGCUCUACACAACGCUGGCUCAGCUCUAUCUCAUUGGAGACCGAGAGCCAGACCACUCCAUCAUCAACCUAUCCUUGCAGAUGCUCACUACGCCGAGUAUCACUGCGGAAAUUGUUGAACGGGGCAACUUCAUGACCAGCCUUCUCGCCAUUCUCUACACAUUCCUCACGACCAGGCAGGUCGGCUACCCCUGGGACGUUUCCUCCAACGCGGUCCUGGCAUUUGAUUCUGGGUCAGUUACCAACAGGCGCAUGUAUCAUUUCUACCUCGACUUGAAGUACCUCUUUGGGUCACCCCAUGUGCAGGAGAAGUUGCGUUGUGAGGAACGUUACCUUCUUCAGUUCCUGGACCUGGUCAAGCUCCACCAGGGCAUCGGCCCCAAUGUUCGAGCGGUGGGUGAGCAUGUCGAAUACGAGACGGACAGCUGGAUAACAGCGUCCUUGGUCACACGCGAGAUCAACAGGCUGGCUAAACAGCUCGCCGAUUCGUUCCGCAACGUUCCCGAGAACGAGGUCCAAUACGUUGCGCGGGCUAUCAGGCUGACCACCAAGACGGUUAUCCUGAACUCGCUUGGCGCCGAACGUCACCGCUUCAAGCAGGCCGAGAUCAAGGACGAAGUCAAGUUCAAGACGCUGGGCGACUUUGAGUUUGUCCACGAGUCAGCCAGGUACGAUGUCGUCAAAUUUACCGUUGAGGAAGACCCCAUCAGUCUGCAUCAUGCCUUGCACUACACUCUGUCGUGGCUGAUUGAGUGCGGCAAGUCGCUGCCCGCAUCUAGCAUGCGGGCGCUGCUGAGUUUCACCCCCCAGGACCUGCUGCUCCAGCCCAAGUCUAUGGGUCGGAAGAGCACUGCAAGGCGUGACAAUACUCCCGAGGACCAUCUUAUGGCUGUGAUCGACUAUCCGCUGCGAGUUUGUGCUUGGUUGGCUCAGAUCAAGGCCAACAUGUGGGUUCGCAACGGCAUCAGUCUUCGACACCAAGCGGCGACGUAUCGCGGAGUCAACCAGCGCGAUGUGUCACACCACCGUGAUAUCUUCCUGCUACAGACCGCUAUGGUCAUUUGCGACCCGAAUCGUGUGCUAACCGCCAUUAUCGACCGUUUUGGCAUGGAGAAGUGGGUGAAGGGCCUUUUCGAGCAGAAGCCCAACGCGCAGGACGACAAUCAGCAUUUGGACGUUGUGGAAGACAUGAUCCAUCUGCUGAUUGUGUUGCUGAGCGAUCGGACAUCAUUGAUCACCGUCGAAGACGAGCCCAACCCAGGCACACUGGCCAUUCGCCGCGACAUUAUCCACACGCUCUGCUUUAAGCCAUUGUCGUUCAACGAGAUCUCCAACAAGCUGCCGGAGAAGUUCCAGGAGCUUGAGGACUUCCACCGAAUUUUGGAUGAGAUGACAACUUUCAAACCCCCUGAAGGUGUUUCUGAUGUGGGCACGUUCGAGCUCAAAGACGAGUACCUCGAGUAUCUCGACCCGUACAUUGCCCAUUACAACAAGAACCAGAGAGAAGAGUCAGAAACGGCCUACCGCAAAAAGAUGGCCAGGAGGACAGGCAAGACCGUUGAGGAGAUUGUCUACGAGCCGAAGCUACGCCCUAUCCCCUCUGGCCUGUUCAAGGACCUCUCGGCGUUCACCGGCGCGGGCAUGUUCGCGCAGACCAUCUACUAUUCGCUUCUGUAUCCCCUGGUCGCCGCCAAGUUCACUCCGACGGUGCCAGGGACGCGCAUCGAGACCUUCUUGCAGGUUGUCCUGCACUUGGUCCUCAUCGCUGUAUCAGAGGACCACACCAACGAGGACGACGUGACUGAAGAGUCGUUGAAGUCUUUCAUCUCCAUCGCCUUGUCAAGGCCUGCCAGGAGCAAUUUCCUGCCAGAGGCUCCCAAUGCGAAGACGAUUGUGGCCUUGUUAGACAUGAUGUCGACGAAAGAAGAGUUCAAGGCAUGCCACCCCCGGAUCGGCCUCAUCCUCAAGCGAAUGCGCCAGAAGCGGCCUCGCAGCUUUGAAAAUGCCUACAUGCGCCUGGGUGUUUCUGUCGAUCGCAUCGAGACCGCCUCUCCGGCGAACAAUUCGGCGGAGGAAGAGCGUGAACGCAAGAAGAAGGCGGCGCUGAGUCGACAGGCCAAGGUCAUGGCCCAGUUCCAGCAGCAGCAAAAGAGCUUCAUGGACAACCAGGGCGAUGUAGACUGGGGCUCUGAUCUUGAAGAUGAUGACGCGCUGAAGCCGACCGAGGACCGUAAGAACACAUGGAAAUAUCCAACGGGGACUUGCAUCCUGUGUCAGGAAGACACUGAUGACCGCCGGCUCUACGGCACCUUUGCCUUGUUCAACCAGAGCUCGAUACUGAGACAAACCGAUCUCCAGGACCCCGACUUUGUACGCGAGGCAUUCCAUACUCCUGCCAACCUUGAUCGGUCUGCCGAAGACAUUCGCCCGUUCGGUGUGGCGCACGAGAACCGCCAGGAGGUGACCAAGGUCAAUGCGAACGGAGAGUCCUUCACUGCUGAGCGUCAAACUAUUGGAAAAGGUUUCCCCGCGAAGCUGUCCCGACCCGGCCCUGUCUCCAUCGGAUGCGGCCACAUGAUGCACUUCAGUUGCUUCGAGACGUAUGUCGAGGCGACCAACCGAAGACACCUUCACCAGAUCGCGCGCCACCACCCGGAAGACCUGCGGCGGCGAGAAUUCGUCUGCCCUCUCUGCAAGGCCUUGGGCAAUGCAUUCCUUCCUGUCAUUUGGAAGGGCCAAGAAGAAUCUUACCCCAGCGUGCUUGACCAGGGCUCGCGAUCUUUUGCCGACUUCCUUGAGACGGAAAUGCGCAGUGCGUACUACGUCCGGGGGGCUACCCGGCCGCCUGACCAGCUCCAGUCCUCGUUCGCGAGAUACACAAAGGACGCUAUCACGACGGCGCUCGCAGACAAGGCAAGCCAGCUCUACGAAGAGGCAUGGAGCACAGAAGACUCGUCCAGCGGCGAGCUGCCUCUUGUCACGCCACUGAGCUCUAUGUUUUCGGCCAUGAACACGCCCGUGACGUCUCGUCGCUCAACUUCUAACGACGCGGGCGGCCUCCUGGGCGAGCUCGUGCGGGUCUACCGUCGUCUGCGUGACGUCGUGCAGAUGAACGGCUGCCAGACGAGGCAUCCCGUUGACCCAAGGGAGAUGCGGGAAAGGAAUGAAAUUGUCUACAGUGAUGUGCUGGUGCGAGUCGUAGGCAAUUCCAUCUCGGCGACCGAAAUCCAGCAGCGAGGUGUGGAGGCUCAAAGUGGUCUGACGCUUCUGGAGAAGAUUCCGGAGCAGGUCUUGACGCACCUUCGAAUCCUCUCCGAGACGACGACUUCGUACAUUGCUGUAGGCGGCCUCAAGGCGCGCGGCGACAACCGCGUCGAGGAAGAAUUCCGAAGAGACAGCGAGAGGCAGCACUGCCAAUUGUUCAUGUCGCAAUAUUUCGGAGAGGAGACAGACAACACUCGUCGUCCCGUCGACAUUUAUCCUCCGCUGAUGAGCCAGGACAGCUUCCUCUUCUUUAACGAGUGUUGUUUUGGUCUCGUUCAGGCGCACGAGUACGACGUCAACCACAUUCUCAAGCUUUGCUACCUCGCCGAGAUUGUCAAGGUUGUCUAUCACAUGAGCAAGAACAUUCCGUCCCACGUCUGGGUCGGCUAUCUGGUCAACUGCCAAGCGCGAGACGCGUCGCUCAAGCACUUUGCCGAGUUCUGUCUGGCCAUUACGAGAAUGGCCAUGGACAUAACCGCCGCGCCUUCUGACGUGGGGUCCGACUUUGACCUCAGCAACACGGCAUUUGGCCAACCGGAGCUCGACAGCCUAGAGAGCUACUACGCCUUUGUCAAAAAGUACGCCCAGGUCUUCCUGCGCAAGUCGGUCGUGCUGCUGUACGUCAAGUACGGCGUCGACUUCAACAGCCACGUGUCGCCGGCGCCCGAACAGGACGAGCUCGAGCGGCUCUCCGAGGCCCUGCAGCUGCCCGACUUUGACAAGAUGGUCGCCUCGCUGACGGAGCACGGCCCGCACGCCGGCUGGUCGCCCUCGACGUCGGCCCUCGUCAGCGGCUGGGUCCGCCACCAGAUCCUAUGGCCCGGCUCGGUCGAGGAGAAGGAGCUGCCGGCGUCGGCGCAGCUCAGCCACCCGGCCAUCUUUGAGCUCGUCGGCCUGCCCAAGACGUUUGACACGCUCAUUGAGGAGGCGACGAAGCGCAAGUGCCCCUCGACCGGCAUGGACGUGUCGGACCCCAUGAUCUGCCUGCUGUGCGGCGACGUCUUCUGCGGUCAGGCCGUCUGCUGCCUCAAGGAGGAGGCGUUGUCGGGCAACCGGGAGCCGCAGCGCAUCGGCGGGUCGCAGCAGCACAUGCGGAAAUGCCAAAAGAACAUUGGCCUCUUCCUCAACAUUCGCAAGUGCUGCAUCUUCUACCUCUCCCGCAUGUCGGGCUCGUACAGCAGCGCGCCCUACAUUGACAAGUACGGCGAGACGGACCUCGGCCUGCGCCACGGCCGGCAGCUGUUCCUGAGCCAGCGGCGGUACGACUCGAUGCUGCGCAACACGUUCCUCAGCCACGGCGUGCCGAGCUUCAUCAGCCGCAAGCUCGAGGCCGAGAUUAACAACGGCGGGUGGGAGACGAUUUAG